UUUAGGACUUGCUUAAAAAGACACUUCACUAUUCCUAGUAACGGAGAUAUUCUACUCGUCUGCUUCAAAUGUUAUAAGAAUUGAUGCAAGAAGUGAUACGGAUCCUCUAACUGUUACCAUUCGUCUUACAGUUUAAGUGAAAUGGAGUGGAAGACACAUGGAAUUCAUUUCCAUAUGUAUUCUUUAAGGAAAUGUGAUACUGAGAUGAAUAAUGUUUAAUGUUGGAAUACAUGGGAGAAUCUCCAGACCUGUAUCCAAGAAUUUAGAGGAUUUCGAUUCAGUCCGGAGUGUGCUUCUGUAUAGUGACAUUGAGCCUGAGUGGCUGGAUGAUGUGCAGAAGAAUGGAGAGCUGUUCUAUCUGGAGCUGAGCGAAGGGGAAGAGGAGGCCACUCUCACCCAGACCCCUACCACACAGAUACCUGGAGCCAACCAUGUACGCUUCAGCGACAAGGAAGCAGAGAUCAUCACAGACAGCAAGAAACACAAGGAGGGAGGAAAGUAUGAGCCCAGACUGAAAAGGCUAGCUAAGAUCCUGAAAAAGAAAAAGCUUUCCCAACGGCGGUCAGACAAUAAAGGGAAUUCCAACUCCUACAAUGCUGGCCAGUCGUCGCGACCAGCCUCGAUACUGAAAAACCAGCCCAAUCAGAAAUCCGGUAUUCUAGUUCAGCAGCAGUUUAAGGACGUUUGUGUUUAUGUUAACCCCAAAAGGUUAGGUAAUAGCACGCUUGCAAAAGGAUACAAGCUGCUUGAGGCUUUACUGGGGAUCAUUCAUCAACCUUCCUGGACCAGAAUGGUUGUGAGUAAAGUUGAAGAGCCUUGUAAUGAAGAAAGACUUACCGUUCAUGGAUUGGUCCCAGGCAGCCCUGCAAUCAAAUGUGGGCAGAUUUUAAUAGGAGAUUUUCUUGUUGCAGUAAAUGAUGUUGAUGUAACAUCUGAGAACAUCGAGAGGGUCCUGUCAUGCAUCCCUGGUCCUACACAGGUAAAGCUCACAUUAGAAACCUCCUCGUUCAAUGCUGAAGGAAAAGGCUCCACAUCACGUAACCUCAAUAAGCAGCCACAGCCUGUGAGUAAUCUGGUGAAACUUCUGUGGGGCGAAGAUGCAGUGGAGCUUCAAAUGGCAAUUGGAAACAUUCCUCAUAUAAUUAUGUAUUUGUCCCUAAAACUGGACUCGGAACCUUUAAAAGAAGAGCAAGAAAUUCUGUACCAGUAUCCAGUAUCAGAAGCAUCCCGCAAACUAAAAGGAGUGAGGGGCAUAUUUCUGACGCUUUGUGACAUGCUGGGGAACGUUACUGGAGGGCAAGUCCUCAGUUCAACAAUGCUGCUCAAUGAGUAUCUUGUCCAUGUGGGUUACUGGAAAGAAGGUGAUAAUCUACUUGUUGUUGGUCUCCCUUCAGAAAAGGUUCCUCUUUUACAACUAAGAAACGUGAUUGGGGGUACUGUCCGGACUCUGAAAGUUAUGUAUGGCUCUUUAGACAAUGCCUUCUGUCAAGUAGACAAUGUUCCUAGACUGGACCAUUUCUUCAGCUUGUUCUUCCAGCAGUUGAUCCAGCCUGCUAAAUUGAACUGUAGUGCUAAUCCCAGCUCUCAGUUUUAUGGCAUUUCCAGUGCCUUAUUUUUAGAUUAUUUACCUGCAGUGCGCUUUCUUACUUUACCACAAGAAAUAAAGGUGGAGAUUGACACAGUUCUGUCUGAUCUUGAAGCUGCUGAUUUUGGAGAAAUGUCUGAGGAUUACUAUGGCAUGAGGCGGUUGUACACGAUACUGGGCACGUGUCUGUUUUACAAGGGUUACUUAAUAGGAAAUCACUUACCAAAGGAGAACCUCCUUGACAUUGCACUUUACUGUCAGCACUACUGCCUCUUGCCACUGGCAGCAGAGCAGAGGAUUGGCCAGCUAGUUAUAUGGCGAGAGGUAUUUCCACAGCGACAGUGUCACCCUAGCGAAGAACCGGUUCUUGAAGGUUUCCUGGAACCCGAAGCAAGAUAUUUUCUGCUGGUUGUUGGAUUGAGGCAUUUUAUGUUGUGUGUUUUGCUAGAAGCUGGAGGUUGUGCAUCAAAAGCCAUUGGAAACCCUGGGCCAGACUCUAUUUAUGUCGACCAGGUUAAAGCUACACUACUUCAGCUGGAGGGCCUAGACACCAGCAUAGAGGAUAGACUCGCUGCUCCUCCCACACCGUGUUUGUCAGGUGCUGACUGGUUCAUUCCUUCAGCACGCGAGAGGCUGGAAAGCAUCACCAACUCCCCUGUCUUCAGUAAACUGCAUAGCUCCUUGAAGGCCACGUCUCCAACGAGUAAAAGGGUGCUGUUUGGAGAGUCCACACUUAAGAACCGUAGGGCCAGUCCUCAGAGAAGCCUCAGUGUUUCAGACAGCGGUAGUGAAGGCCAUGGAGACAACCACUCCUUCAGUGCCAGUAUCAGCCCGCACGCCACUCCUGACUCUAUUAGGAAAUUUGGCCGCAGGGAAUCCCAGGGCUCUGGUGCAUCUGAUGGAAGUGGAGGAAGUGGAAACAUAUUUAAGAGCAAAAAGAAGAAGCAUCCUAAUCCCUUUUACUUAGGAACCUUGAAAAAGAGUCUUUCAGAAAGAGAGACUGAGGAAAUGUAUAACACCAUGAAACUUACAUCUGGCUCUGAGAAUACACUGUUUCACUAUGUUUCAAUGGAAACAGUUCAGGGAAUAUUUAUAACACCAACACACAGGGAAGUGGCACAGCUCAGUGGCUCCAUCCACCCACAGCUAAUAAAGAACUUCCAUCGCUGCUGUCUUUCCAUCAGAUCCGUGUUUCAACAGACCCUCCUUGGAAAGGAAAAGAAAAAUAUAGAUGGCUUUCAGAAUUCAUCUCCAAUAACUAAUUCAUCUGGGUUUGGGAAUGUUAAGGAGCAUGGGGUCCUGUUCCAGUGCAGACCUGAAAACUGGACCGACCAAAAGAAACCACCUCCCACAAUGACCUACUGGGUGGUUGGGAGGCUGUUUCUAGAUCCAGUCCCUCAAGAGUUUUAUGUGUGCUUUCAUGACUCAGUAGCAGAAAUUCCAGUGGAGCUGGCAUUCAAACUUUCAUUCGGUCUGGCUGUGUAAAGAAAACAUGUCUUGUGAACUGAAGCACCCUUACUUUAACGCUUCAUCUUUUUUGUUAAUUUUGGAAAUUGUAACGUAAGAUGUAUCUAUGUCAUGAGGACCUACGAGGACAGAUUUAUAUAUUCUAUUUAAUUAUACAGUAUACUAUGAUGUUGUGUAUAUAUUUAUGUAUAAAAAUAAUUUCUAAAAAGAGAGUGCUUUAGCAACGUUUUUGUGUAUCAUGUACCGUGUAUACUUUUGCAGAAUUGUAUCUGCUGGAAAAAUUGUAAGAAACUAUCAAGUACACCAGGUGAGCCUUCCAAGACAAGAUCUCACUGACAGGGAUGUCAUAAGACAAGUCAGUAAAGCAAGCAAUACAUUUUUAAGAGCAUGCUUAAAACUAGCCACAAUAUUCUGUUUUUCUUUUUUCAAUAUAUAUAUAAUCUAAGAGCAGCCUCUUAUAAUCUACAAUUGGUGUUUCUGAGGUUCUGGUUGUAUCUACAGAAUAAAAGUGAAAAAGAUCAUAUAUUUUAAGUGCAGUUUACAGGGUAGUGCAUGACACCCAAUCGCUGAUUCGCCAAUUAAAUAUAGUUAGGGCUUUUGUUUUUCAUUUUUCAUUAAUUUAAUUUUUUGAAUAGCUAGUUUCGCGUUUCAUGUAAAUCGAUUUUUUUCAGGGCUUUUGCUUUUUAUAUACUUACUUUCCAAAAUUCUUUGGGCAUUUUUUUUUUUUUUUCUGUCACAAUAUGUCUGGUUACAGGCACAUCCUUCUGGGUUUUUUGUGUCUAGACAUUUUCUUUUGUUUUAAAUUCUCCCUAUAACUGUAAUAUAUCUUUAAAUCCCACGAACAAGCCUUCAAAUUGUAAUCUCUUUUUAAAUCACCAAUAGAAAUGUAGGAAUUUGCUGCCACUCAGUAGUUGGAGUGGGUUUAAAUUACUCGAAACAAAUCAAUGAUAGAUACAAGUCAGGAAAGCGGGACAUUUUUUUUUUUAAUGGGAAAGGGGUGAAGUCAACGUGAACUGAGUAAACAUUAUCAGUGUUUUUCUGGUAUUUAUUGGCUAUACACCGAUUUAUUUUUAUUUUUUUUCUAUCUGGGUUGUUUUUAUCAGUUUUUAUCGGUUAAAACCAAAAACCAUAAUCCCUAAAUAUACUCCAAGUGAAAGAUCUUAAUAUUUUUCAACUUUCAACAAAAAAAAAAAUUGUGUUUUAGUGCUAAUCUUAGUAUAUAAUCUUUGUAAGAUUAUUAAAGUUUUUGGGAGGCAACCAUCUAAAAUGUUGUUACUUUUUUGUGAGUAUAUAUUUUUGUAUUAUCAAUAUUAUUCUGUGUCUUGCAAAAAAAAAGUCUGUAAAAAUGUGACUUGGAAAAUAGGGGGAUAUGUAGGUUUUGAUAUCCGUUGAAGACGUUGAGAAGGUUUUAGUUACGGAUGGGAUGUGUAUGUUACUAAAACCCAUAUGGCUGUUUUCAGUCUCCGGUUAGCAAUAAUAUUGGACUGUCUUACCCAAAGUAACAUUAGACAGUCCAAGAUUGUGCCUGUCAAGGUCUGUGAAACCAGAUUUACUAAGCUUUUCUUCUAAAGGGAAUGGUAAAAAAUGUAAAAACAACUUUGCCACACACAGCAUGUUAAAUAACUGUCUGCACUUGUUUAUUUCUUGUUUUUGGCCAUAAAUAGUUUUGUAUUACUUUUAGAAAAAAAUAAGCUUUUUUGUGCAAGAUCAGGAUGUAUUUUAAACCCCAAAUUCCCCAUUAACUCAUUCAAGUGCAUCUUAAUGGUCAAAAUAUAGGGACAGGCCCGGCAGCAGUGCGCUACAGGGGCACCAAGUUGUUUUGUAAAAGGUCACCCAAGUCAAAUAACUCGCAUUAACCACUAUUACAUGUUACACUUCUAUAUGACCACAAAUAAAUAAUACUACUGUGUGAUACUAUGACACACCUCCACAGCACUAAUUACUCUUAAGUGCCUGUGGCAAUGUGCCCCGUCCUUGUGUGCAUUUCUGUGUUAUAUGUUACGUGUUGUGUGUAAAUGUUGGUGUAUAGAGAUGGCUGCACGGGAUAUAAAUGGGUGUGUGCAGCACGAGUUAUUUAGAAUGUAUAAUUGUAUUUAGGCACGGGAUUGCACAUCACUUCACGUGCAUUUAAAGUAUUUAAUAUGUGAGCACGAGGUUGCACGUAAUUAAUUCACGUGCUGGGAUUCAAGUGAAUACAGCACAACAGUAUAUAUAGAUGCACGUUUGACUCACUCGGGGUUGGGUGUUCGGUGAGUGGAGAACGGGAUUGGAGACGGAGGUAAAGUUAAAGUUAAAAAGAAAGAUAAAAUAUCUGCUCACCGUGUUUGUCUGUCUAGUCCGUUUUUGUUUGUCUUUUUGUUUUGGCGACGUGUGCCGUGUCCUGUGUUUUUGUGUUAUUUUAAAACCUUUUACUUUGUUAAUAAACGCUGAGUGCUACCAUUUGCACUCAGCUUCUCAUCA